UGCAGGCAUUGAAUGAUUUUCUGCAUGGAUCUGGUAGUCAAGAAGUAGACGAGGAUGAUUUGCUUGGUUCAGCCUGUACAAUUGACAACUCUCAUUCACUCUUUGCUGAUGCCAUUGUGAACCUACAACACAGGGCCACAUGCAUGCCAGACAGCGGAGACAGCAUGUUAUAGAGAGUGCUAAAAUUCCCACAUCAAUGGAUCAGAUUAAAGCUCUGCAGUUACGUCAUAUCCAGUCAUGAAUGAUGAAGGGCAGUUAAACCAUCAGCGGGAGGAGGAGGCUCCAUGGACAUCCUGAUCCUCAACGAUGGCAGAACCCAGCAUGUUGCUGAUCCUACCUCUUCUACUAAAGAUACACACAACCAUAUUGGUGAAGAAUCCAACUCAAGACUACAGUUAGCAAGUAGUCUUAAUGUCUUGGAGGAGCUGGAUACGUCUUCUCCUCUUUCAAAUCUAAAUGGGGACCAGCCUUUUGAUAUUCUGCAGAAGUCUCUUCAGGAGGCCAAUAUUACUCAACAAACCUUACAGGAGGAAGCAGAUUUGGCAGCUGGUAUUACUUCUACACAGGAGUUUCCACAACCUCAGAUUCACCCUACAUCCUUUUCUCAGGUUUCUCAACUGUCUUCUGGCAUAUCAUCUGUAAGGGGCUUGACACAACAGCAGAUGAAUGUAACACCGUCACCCAUUUUACAGCAAGUCUUGCGAACUCCCUUUGUAAAUAAUGAAACUAAUGUACAGCCUGGCUUUUUUCAACAAAUGGGCAUCAACAGUGUUGCCAUUCAACAUGUACCCAGUAGCAACCCAGGUGGUGGAAUUGGACCAGUUCAGCUGAUUGGUUCAUUAGAUACACAACAGCCUGUAAUGACUUUUAAUCAGCUUGAAGGGUCUCAGUUUAUUUCAAAGGACAAUGGACAGCUACCUGCUCUAAACUCAGUGACAGUAGGCAAUUACAAUAUUCCCUCUCUUCCCAACCAUCAACCAAUGUCUUUGAACCCAUCUGGUUUAAAUGAAACUGGUGGAUUGUUGCUUCAGAGGCGAGUGACAGCACUUAAUGGAAACACUUAUUAUGGGGCCUCUAAUAUUGGCCAGGUCCCACAAUCUAUGUCCGUUCAGUUUAGUGGUAACAAUAUUCCAACAGCACUGCCUUUGCAUAAUAUUAUUCUUCAAAGAGGUCCUGUACCAAGCCAGCCUAAAAUUUCACUCAGUAUUCAACCCAAGCCUGCUCAGAUCAAUCAGCAACAAACUGUUUACAAUAUAAACAAUUUGGAAUUGCAGACGGCAUUCAAAAUCCAAAAUGAAGUAUCAUUACAGCAGCAGCAAAUGCAACAUAACCUUCCUUUUGGCUCCACAAACUCAUCUCAGAAUGCAGUAGUGGGCUCACCAAUGGGUGUUAACGUUGCGAAGCAGCAAGUACCUAGAAAGUCAGGUAGACCACAAGUUUUAAAUCAAACUGGAAGCAGUAUCAUAAUUCGACCUCCUAUUGGGCAACAUGAACCCCUUGUAUCCCAGAACCAGUUUUUCAUUCCUACCAGCCUGGCAUUGAAUAUGAAUUCAACUGUUCAGCACCUUCAGACGGCAAAUGGACAGAUUAUUCAAAAUCGAACAGUACCCACCCAGUUGGUCUCCAGUCAAGUAGCAUCAGAAUGUGUUAUAACAAAUCGCAACUCUUCAGGUACAAUGCUGGCUACCCAGUCUUUUUCAGGACAGUUCUUAAAUCAGAACUCUGCUGGACAGUUGACCUCUGGUCAAGGUGGCAUGGAGCAGGUAGUUAAUUCUUCAGGACAGCUGUUAUCAAACCACGGCUCAUCACAGUUAGUUACUGGCCAGGUUCCACUUCAACAGGCUUCACAGAUGUUGUUUAAUCUUCCGACCUGUCAAGGUGUGCAACCCACUGUUGGCUCAAGCAUUAAUACAGGAAUAUUUAAGCAAUCUGGGCAGAAUGCAGUUCGAGGAAGGUCAUUCCAAAAUCAGCUGACUGUUUCAAUUGCACCUAGUUCUGUGGGCUCCAGUUAUGUGUCUACAGUGCAGACUCCAAUAUCAUCAGCAAACAAUGGUGACCAUACACAAGCAAGUUCUGGUAGUAACCUUGUAGUGGUUUGCCAGGGUGAUCAAUCACUUCUAACUGUACAGUCUACACAACAGCAGCCACAGCAGUGCCAGCAACAAAUGGGUAUGAAUCCUAUUUUCCGGAUUACCAAUCCUUAUCACCAAAAUGCCAAUGUAAUGCAACCCUCGCGGCAGGUCGCAUUCAGCCGGGCAGAGAUGCCAGUAACGCAAAUCAGCAAUCAGCAGCAAUUCCUCUGUUCACAAGCUUCUAAGAAGAUGAUAGCAAGUAAGCAGGAGCCAGUCACUAGCCAGUCAUUGGUUAGUUUGGGGCAGCUCUCCAAUCAAGUUUCAGCUUCACUGUUUGGAAGUCAGACCCUGCCCAGUUCUGUUCAAAAGGCUCAUGCUGCUGAUGGCCUACGGCAGCCACAAAUACCCAGCUCAUUGACGAGUGCAGGGAUCCUGGGCAAAACCACGUGUCUAGCCGUGCAAAUGAGUGAUGGUCAACUUCACAAAGCUGCUGGUACUUUACAACAGCAUUUGGGACAACUACAUUCAUUGCAGGAUAAAAUAUUAGGGCAGCCAGAGAUGCAGAAAAUUUCACAAUUUGAUGGCCAGAUUGUGGGACAGAAGAGACCUGCAUCAAAGCAACUUACUAAAGAAAGUUUGAUUCUUCAGCAACUACAAGAAGAACAAAGGAAUGUUCUACAACCUGACUAUAAAACACCAUUCAGGUCACAAGAAGAUGCCAUGCAAAGGCUUCUACCAUAUCAUGUGUUUCAAGGGAAUCUACCUUCCCAAGAGGAAUUUCAGAAAGUGGAUAAUGAAUUUGAAGAUGUUUCUGUGCAAUUACUAAAGCGGACUCAGAUGAUGCUGAGCAAGUAUAGAAAACUGUUACUGGAAGAUGCAAUGCGAGUAAAUCCCUCUGCUGAAAUGGUUAUGAUUGACCGAGUGUUUAAUCAAGAUGAGAAAGUAGCCCUUAUCCAGGACAAACGGUUUUCCUUGGAGGAUUCUGAUGGCUAUUUGGCAAAGUUUUGUUGCUCCUCAUCUGUUUUUGUAAAAUCUGCUGCUGAAACACAACAAUUAACUACUGAUAUGACGCCACACAAGUCUUCAGGCAGUCACAGUGGGCAGCCUACACCAGUGAAUACAACUAUCAACCAAAAAAGUGAACCUUCAAAACUGGUCCAUUUAGCUUCUUCUGUGGCAAGUGGGAUCAAGGCUGUCACAAAUUCUUCCACUGACAGUCCUUGCAUUGCUAAAUCGUACAACAGCAGUAGCAAAGAGCUCAAACUAACCAUCAAGCCAGAGUCAGCUUACAGAGCUGGAACACAGAGUAAAUCUUCAAAAAUUCAAGAAUGGUCUGAUAUUGGAAAUGAAGGAGGUAAAAGUAAUGCUGGCUCUACGUCUGCUUAUGUAGAGGUUCAAAGCACAAAAGGUUGUGAACCUGUUGUUGGAACUGUCCAAACUUGUGAUGGAGAAGAAAAUAGGUUCAACGUCGAGAAAAAGCACAGUAAUUUUUGUGAUAAAGUCACUGUAGAAAGUCUAAUGAAGGAAGGACAGAACCGUGUUAUUAAUCAAAUUAAUAAUUCCAUUAAAUUGGAACAUGAUGAGGGUGACUCACAGUUGCCUUGGCAUGACCAGUCACAAGACAAAAGUGCUAAAAGUUCUAAACAGCAAGAGUUUACAUGUGUGCAGAUUAAAGAUGCAAAAGAAGCUCAAUGUGACACAUCGCUCCAUGAACAUUUGGAGAGUGCAAUCAAUAGCAUUUUGGAUCUACAGCAAGCUCAGAAACCUUCUGAUAAUGCAAUCAUCAAAAAUAGCUCACCUGAAGUUGAAACUCCUCAUUUUUCAGCCUUAGCUCCCGUGGAGAACUAUGUAGAAAAAUGUAUACCAGAUCAUAAUGAAGGCAUCAGAGAAACAGACUCCAUCUUAGAAGCAGCAGUAAAUAGCAUAUUGGAAUGCUGAUAAUGUGACUGUAAAGAAACAGAAAUGACAGAUUGUCAACUGCGUUGAUAACUUAUAGGGAUAAAGAUGGGAAAAGUAGCACAUUACUCAAUACUGAGAACAGGCUUUUAGUGUUCCUGGAAAGAGGAUAAAUGCAGUAGAAACUAGGAAAUAGAUUUAUUUUGAAGUAUGACUAGUUUGAGCUUAGGAAGGUCUAUUGUAGUUUGUACUUUGAAAAUAAUUAUGGUGGCACAAGGUGCGCAUUAAGUCAUUUGUUUAAAAGACGUGAAGGGAGAUAUUUAAUUUAAUUUCUUUUUUUAAGGCUCUAAUUUCAUGUAAAGUGCACUCUUCAAUUUCAAGAGUGCUUUUCAGUUUAUGGUAGAAAUUUAUGUUUUUUAAAUUGAUACUUUAAUGUAUAAGUGUUGUUUUUGGGUUAUUUUUGUCUUUCAUAUUAUGUAAGACUUUUUGAGAAUUGAGUGCCAAUAAGUUAAGUUUUGAAUAGUUAAUAAGCAACAUUCCCACUUAAGUCAGUUUAAAACUGGAACUCUUGAUGAUGAGGUGAAAGUCUACUUCAUUAUUCAUUUUCCAUUUUUAAUACCACUAUCAUUAUAUAAGGAAGGCAACUUUAGGUCUUAAAGACUGAAAUUGAAAGCACAGUGUGUGUGUCCAUGCUGUGAUUUGUCAAACUGUAGAUCUAAAAAAUGAUUAUUCCAUUCCCAUUUUGCAGACUUUUAUUGUUUUUGUCUUGCACAUGCAACUGUAAGCUUCCUUGCAUAAGUGAAGAGCACAAAAUACACCGUUAGAUCAGUUAGGCCUUACAAACUGACAUCACAAGAAAAAUAACAUCACUUAUGAACUAAAUGGUACAGUGUCUUUUAUUUUAAACUCUGAUUUGUGUAGUGUUCAGCUCUGGUCCUCCUUAGAAAUGCUUUGUACACAUUUUUAAAAUAUUUAUAAAGAUUUUUUGUAAAAAAAAAAGAAAAAAGGAAAUGUCAAAGUUAUUUUUGUUAUGUUAGUUCAGUACCUAUAUAUAAAGCAUGGUAAAACAUGAUCAGAGUGAAUUAUUAAGAAGUAUUUUAGUUAGAUGCUAAUGAAACACUGAAUCAACUUGUCAAAUGAGCCAAAGAAUUCAACAAAACUGAUUUGUGUUGGUCUUUUAAUUUAUUGAAGAUUAUCUGUGUAUUCAAAUUUGUAGCACUGCAGGCUAGUGGCAACCAUUUUUCAAUAUUACAGUUUAUUUGAAUAUUGUGUUGUAAUUAUUUAUUUUGGUAUUCUUUGCAUGAAAAGUAACUGAGUGAUAGGUAUAACUAGAUAGUACAGUAACAUUAAGAAUCUUUGAAUUCUUAAAUAAUGGCAGAAAAUUGGAAAAAUUGUUUUGUGAUAUGGGGGUUAUUUCUUAUAAAAGGAAGUAUGUUUUGUGAACAUUUGUUUAACUGCUUUCCUGCCAAAGAUGAAACCUUCUUAAUUUUGUCAUGUAUUUUUAAGGUUAGUAAAUUGAAGAUUUGUAUACACAUAAAGCAACAAUAGUCCUUGAGUUGAAUCCCCAGCCUUAAUUACAAUAAACUAAGGAA